ACGACCCUAGACAAACUCGCCGGCUGGGCUCGCAGCGGCUCCCUCUGGCCCUUGACCUUCGCCCUCGCCUGCUGCGGCAUCGAGAUGAUGCACGUCUCCAUGCCGCGCUACGACAAUGACCGGCUGGGCAUCAUCUUCCGCGCCUCGCCGCGCCAGGCAGACGUCAUGAUCGUCGCCGGGACCGUGACCAACAAGAUGGCCCCUGCGCUGCGGCAGCUGUACGACCAGAUGCCCGACCCCAAGUGGGUCAUCUCCAUGGGCAGCUGUGCCAACGGCGGGGGUUACUAUCACUAUUCGUACAGCGUGGUCAGGGGUGUGGAUCGCGUGGUUCCCGUGGAUGUAUAUGUUCCGGGAUGUCCGCCGACAGCAGAGGCGCUCUUGCAGGGGAUACAUGUGCUGCAACGAAAGGUUCGAGGGGAAAGGAAGGCGAGGAUGUGGUACCGCAAGUAG